GGAGUGCCGCCAGUAAACAAACGCCAGUGUAACGAAAUGAACGCGAAUAUUACAAUAUUCUUGUGCCUAUUAGCAGUGUUUUUCAUUGGAAUUCCCCCGACAAAUGGCCAGAACGAGUGCCUGAAUCUGGUGGACAAGAAUGUGGACAAGGAAGCAGCGCCGUGCGACGAUUUCUAUGCCCAUGCCUGUGGGAAUUGGUAUGGGGGGGAGUACCAGCGGAACUUUGGAGUCCACGAUGCCCGAUCUAUGUGGGUGGCCAAGCUGAAGGAGAAACUGAUCGAGCACUUUGAGUCCGAUUCGGAUAAGCACUCCCCGCUGAGCACUUUCUAUCGAAAGUGUUUCUCCGAUCUCGAUAGCAAGCAAUCGAUAACAGCCUACAACGAGGCCAUGGUCGGGAGCGGUGCCAACUUCUCCAUCCUCGGACACAACAAAUCGAGCGACUGGGAUUGGAUUCUGGCGAAUGCCGAGCUGAGGAAGUACGGAGCUCAGGGACUCUGGCGCCUGCUGGUCCAGGAUAAUUGGCAGUCGGCGGACCAGAAGAUAUUCUACCUCCUGUCGCCGACCUUCCACCAGCUGGGCCACGACGAGCUCACCGAGUUUCUGUACGAGCGCUACUUGAAAGUCCUCCUAAUCGAAAUGGGAGUUCGGGUGCGGAGAGCCCAGGAGUGGGCCAGAAAUCUGGUCGACUUCGAGAAGAGUCUACAGAGUCUGCUGGCCGUCGAUCGGGAGAAGACUCUGGUCCUUCGAGAGCCCCAGACGCUGGUCCAGUUGGAGGAACAACUGCCGGAGCUGCAGCUACGAAAGUACUUUGAAGUCCUGCUCAAGGACAUCGAUUGGGAUCCGAAUACCCUGCUGGUGGUGGUGGAUAUGGACUACUUGCAGAGCUUGCAGCGCUUCCUGCGCUCCGCGGAUCGGGAACUACUCUCCACAUGGCUGUUGCUGAAGCUGCCCAUGCACUUUGAGUUCAAAUUGCACACCGACGAGAAGAUUGUGAGCCAGAAGGACUACUGGGUGGAGCAGCUGAGGCACCUGCUGCCAGGACCUCUGGGGCGCUUGCAAAUGGAACUGCUGCUGGGGGAAAACUAUCAGGAAAUCUACGACAACUCGAUUCAGCAGGUGGCCUUCCUGUUUAGGGAUCUGAAACAACAGUUCGAGCUUCUGCUGAACGAAACAGAGGUCUUUGACUACGACUUGGUUACCCGGACUAUGGCGCGGGAAAAAAUACGUGCCAUGCGCCUGCUGACGCCCCGAUUGCAGGAUCCCGGCCAUUCGAUGUCAACUGGCACUGCCACGCCCCUCGGCGGCAGCUGUGAUUGGAACCUGAUGCAGUUAUCACGGAAUCGGGCCCACCAGGAGUUCCGGCAGGUCCUCGGCGAGCCGCCCGUCUCCCAUGCCGGCGAUCCCCUUGUGGCCAACGCCUACUAUCGCCUCAGCCUGAAUCGUAUCGAAUUGCCGCUGGGUCUGCUGGCCACGCCCCUGCUGCAGGAGCCAACCUGCCGGACGGAGGCGGAGCGAAAAGUCCGACUAUCGGCCGGGCUGGGCUACAUUCUGGCCCACGAAAUGGUGCACGCCUUUGAUUACGAUGGCAUUAACUACGACGCCUCCGGGCAGCUGGCCAAUGGCCAGUGGCCACCAAGGGCCAUUAUCCGGUUCGGUCUGCGGGCCGCCUGCUACAUGGGCGCCCGGUACAGUAAUGCCGCGGUGACCAUGAACGAGAAUAUAGCCGACACGGAAGGUCUGCGAUUGGCCUUCGAAACCUAUCGUCCCCGGCCGGAAACCAAUUCGAGUUCUCCCGCAACACCGGAUCCGGAACUAUUGAAAACCUUCUUCCUGGUCUAUGCCCAGACGUGGUGUGGCAAGAGCGUGGAUCUGGAUGCGGAGGAUUCAUCCGCCCAGAACAGUCUGCACUCCAAGCACCAGGAGCGGGUCAAUAAUGUUCUGGCCAACCUGCCCGAGUUCGCCGAGACGUUCCAGUGCAAGGCGGGCAGUCCCAUGAAUCCGGCGGCCAAGUGUCGCAUUUGGUGAUCGAUUGGGGUAAUCGAUAGUUAUCGUUAUGGACAUGUUUUAUUUUUAAGGGAAUUUGCAAAUAAAUCGAAUAGGAAUUGUUAAGAAUUCAAGUUGAAGACAAGGUCUAAUAAAUUAUCAAAUAUAUUGU